AUGACAGACAUCUUAGAUGAUCAGGUCGAUGAGCUGCUGCGCAAGGCUGAGCAGCGCCUGAAAGAUGGCUCUGCUUCUGCUAUCACAGCAACCACCACCUCUACUGCUGUAGUCCCAGUCGCAGCUGGCGACGCCGUGACAGAUGUCGCGCAGCAAAAGUCUUCCAACAGCAGCAGCAAGAAAGAUGGUCUGACUGUUCGGGCACCUCCCCAACCGCUAUCGGGUCUCAAAGUCAAGGAAAAGUCUACUGCAGGCGCCGACUGGUUCGAUCUUCCCAAGACGAACAUGACCCCCGAAUUCAAGCGAGAGUGGCAAGUCCUCCGCAUGCGAGGCAUCCUGGAUCCCAAGCAUCAGAAGAAGGCCCUCCGCGCGAGCGCUCCUGAAUACUCCCAAGUUGGCGAGAUCAUUGAAGGACCUACCGAGUUCUUCAGCGCCAGGUUAACGCGCAAGGAGAGAAAGCAAAAUCUUCUUGACGAAGUCACUAGGGGUAUUGAUACCCACAAAUUUACCGACAAGUACGCUGGCAUCCAAAAGCAAAAGUCAAGCGGAAAGAAGGCGUUUUAUAAGAACGUAGUAGCGACACGUCGCAAACGUAAUUAA